AUGGAUGAGGCUAAAAAUAUGGCAUUGUUGUUUUUUAUGGACCAUCUGAUGCAAAAGAAUGGUCGACGGACAAUUCACGAUCUUAGUUGUCAGUUUGGUGCACGGGGUUUUACACCCGAAAUGCGGGAUGCAGUUGGUACCACUCAGGAGGGUCUGACGGAUUUCUUGAAUCAACAUCCUUCAUUAUUCACUGUGGAAGGCGAUCAGGUUUGUUUGAAUGGCUUUGGCGACAUAACUGCAAAAAACAAUCCGUUGUUACAAGCUACCGCAAAUUUUCGUAAUCGAGACUACGAGAAGGAAGCUGUGCAGUUCUUUGAAGCUAAACUUCAGAAGUUCGGACCUGAAUUGCAGAUCAAAAGUCUGCUUGGCCAUCGCUCACAAGCGGCUCCAGAAGUACGACUCGUUUCUGGUCGUCAUUUGAAGGAUUUCUGUGAGUUUCUACAGUCUCAAACUGAGUAUUUCGUCGUGGAGGGGGAUCGAGUACGACUGAAGAAUAUGCCCGAACCGAGUAACGCUGGUGUUGAGCUGGAUGAUGAGGGUAAACCGUUAGCGGGCGUUAAAGCCAAGCAAGCUGCAGUGGAAUAUCUACGAUCUGUUGUUGAAAUGAACGAAGAACAACCAAUACCAAUGGAUAUAUUCUAUCAAAAGUUCUGUGAUCGUUUCUCACAUACGGUCAGACAAGAGGUCGCAACCAAUCCAAAGGAAUUACUCCAAUUUUUGAAGCUCAACCGCAACGUUUUCUUUAUACGAUCUAAUAAGGUGUCGUUGGUGAAGAACCGCACAUCGGAGGACGGUUCAGAGUCGGGAUCUACAGAAGGAUCGGAAUUUGACAACAACAACAACAGCAAUACAAGUAGCAAUAACAACGGAAUUCUAACUCAGAACGCAUUGAAUCGCAUCAAUCUCGUGAAAGCACUCAAACCUGCUCAGGAAGCAAUUAGUUCGGUGAAUGCAGAGAUUGAUGGAAUGGACGAGAAGGUGAUCGGAGUUGAUUUCAAAUUGGUAACGUUGGGUAUUCACGGUGAAGAGUUCCUAUCGUUGGUUGUUAUCGCGACUCCAAAUCAAAUUAUUGUUUUUGAUUUAGUGCACAGCGAUACGAUUCUGCUUGAAAGUGGAUUGAAAGAAAUUCUUGAAAGUGAAAAAAUCGUUAAGGUGAUGCAUGAAGCAAAACGUGUUGCAUCGUUGCUUGCACAUCGUUAUGCUGUCAAUAUUAGGAAGGUUUUUGAUACUCAAAUAGCGCAUGCAGUGCUGCAACACGAAAAAUUCGGUAAACCCCUAUCAGAAAUGCGUUCAAUUUCAUUUCUUAAUUUGCAAAGGGUGUACUAUCCGCAGUCAAUUAUGAUGUCCGAUGCAACACCCAGAACACUCUCACAGUCACCAAGUUGGGGUCAAAGGCCAAUCACAGAUGAUAUGCUCAUUAGCGUUGUGGAGGAGGCUCAUUGUCUAAUGACGGUGCUUUAUCGGAUGUUGACGAAUAUGAUACCAACGCAUUUGAGACCGUUGUUCGACGCGAAAUGUGUUGAGGCGUUGAUCGCAACACCGAAUCGUCCACCACCAAACCAACUCCAAGUGGCUCCGAUGCAGUAUCGCAACGCAAGACGAUCACUCGCCAGCCCGAUCAGUAACAGUAACACCAACAGCAACAGCAACACCAACAACAAUUCCUCACUGCAGCGCUCUUCAUCGCCUCGACAAACCUGUGAAGUUUCCACACAAACAUUUUCUACGGGCGAAAUUAAUGUGAUUGAUAUUUACUAUGACAGCUGA